UCUCGUGUAGAACAAUGCUACUGUUCCUGCCUGGACAUUUCUGGCAUACACAGCCCUUCAGUCGGCUGAUCAAUUGUCGGGGAUCAGUUUAAUAAAUUGGGGACACUGAAUGUUGAUUCCAGAAAUCAGGGUCGAAUGAUCACAUAGGCCUAAAGACACGUGUGCACUGUUUAGUGAGUAGGAUCUAUGUGCUACCAUAUUGCCUUGCCCAAUAAACACCGCAGAAAGUGUGGAGUGAGCUCACAGCUCUGUACCAGUAGCAGUGCACCAGCAAACACAAUGCAUUGCCUUUGCAGCUUGCUUUAACUUUGGGAUUGGUUGAGACAGACUUGAGGACUUAAGCCACCUCCUCCCCACAGCCCAGAGCUCACUUUCUGAAAGCACUUACCAAAUACUACUCCGCUCAUCUCCUUUCUGCAUUCAGACAGCUUCAAUAGCUCUCCCUAUUCCUCAACAGAGUGACAAAGCUUUGAAAAACUGGAAAGUUGAAUGAUGGUGCUGAGGAGACCAAUGGUAGCUGCCAUCAUUGUCCUUCUAAGCAGUGCCAUCGUUGUCAUGGUUAUCUCAAUCAUUCAGCAGCUCAAGAAAGUCACUGUCCCCGGGCUAAAGUAUGGAAUUGUCUUCGAUGCCGGGGCCUCCAGUACAACUGUUUAUGUUUAUAACUGGCCAGCAGAAAAGGAGAAUAACACUGGUGUCGUCAGUGAAAAAUACAAGUGUGAAGGAUCUGCUAUUUCCGAAUUUGGCAAUGAACCCGCAGAGGCAGCUUGGUCAUUAGAAUGGUGUCUCAAUAGAACAAUAGAAGUGAUCCCAGCAGAGAAACACAAUGCUACUCCUCUCUACCUUGGAGCGACUGCAGGAAUGCGACUACUCCAGAUCAAGAAUUCAACAGCUGCCUCUAUGAUCCUCGCUGAUAUUGAAUACUUGCUCCACUCCUCACCGUUUGAUUUUAAAAGCGCCCAGAUUAUCUCAGGGAAGGAGGAAGGGGCCUAUGGAUGGAUUACAGCAAAUUACUUACUGGAUAACUUCCGCCAGGGACGUACUUGGACACAGCCAAAACGAACGUUUACGAUAACGACCAAAGGUACUCUGGAUCUGGGUGGAGCGUCUUCAGAAAUAGCAUUUGUACCUGAACACCAGUCACAUAAAUAUGAGAGCACAGUAAUCACCUUGUAUAACUACAAAUAUUCUGUCUACAUUGAAAGCCUAGCCUGUUAUGGACGAGACGAAGCUAAGAUGAUCUAUUGGGCAAAACUCAUCCAGAAUUCUGCCAAUAAAUCAAGGAUUGAAGACCCGUGUCUUCCCGCACACUACACUAUGAAACUCCAACUGGAGAAAGUCUUUGAAAGUUCCUGCAUUGGAGAUAAAAUACCAGAGAACUACAAUGCUGACGUUACCCUCAUUGGAACUGGAGAUUAUACUCUGUGCAGCCAGCAAAUAUCAUCAAUAUUUAUGUUUACAUCCUCCUACGUUAAAGGCGUUUGGACAAAGCGUUUGAAUGUAAUGAAACAACUGAUGCACGGCGACUUUGUGGCCUUUUCUGGUUUCUCUGAGACAAUGGAAGCCUUGAAUUUAACUGGAUCCUUUUCCAUGGAAAUUUUCCUUUCAACAGUCGAAUCUUUCUGUAUGAAAAGCUGGAAACAAGUUCAACAGUCACUGCCAAAUAUGUCAGACUCAGAUCGCACAGCGCAAUGUUUCAAUGCCAAUUACAUCUACGCUCUUCUAGUGCAAGGUUACAAGUUUGAUAGUUGGACAUGGACCAAAAUUAGUUUUCAGAAACAGGUGGAACACAGCAACAUGGGCUGGUCACUUGGUUAUAUGUUAAACCUAACCAACAUGAUCCCAGCAGAAAAUCCAGUGAGUCAAACACCAAUGAGUGAAUUUGCAUUCAGUGGGCUCCUAUUUUUGUUUUCUACGCUGGUCUUAGUCUCUUCAAUUUUCAUCUGUCUGUCAAUAAUACGAUCAUUUUAAUGCAAAUGACCAGUGGACUUUGAUCAUUCGAGUGAAAAACACAACCCGAAACGAUGUCUGGAGAAAAACGUCAAUACUAGCCAGUUUUAUGAUCCGUGUUAAAUCUAAAUGCCGCGAGCCUUAUAUAAAUAUGACAAGCGGAAUGCGAAAGUGGUGAACCUUUCUUCCAUAACGUUGUUGCUGACGCUACUUUGAGAACAGUAAACAGUGGUCCAGAGAACAAAGU